AUGGCGCGCAUGAAAGCCGUGCUGUGUGCGCGGCAGUGGUGUCGCCGGUUGUCGCCACUUCGCCUCGUGGACUUUGUGCACAGUGUGCGUCGCGACGUCGGCCUCGAGUUCACGCUCAUGUUGCUCAGCACAUACGUCGGAGUCAAAGGAUUCCUGUACAUUUUAGCGACUGACUCGCUGCUGCCGUUCAUGAAGGACCUCGGGUACGACGGCCUCGUCUACCAACGCACCGUCACGCUCGCGUACGUGCCUUGGGGCAUGAAAGGCCUGAUUGGGCUGCUCUCAGACGCGCUCCCGGUUGGCGGCUACCACAAACGCUUCUACAUGUUGGCCGCGAGUUUGUCAGGCGUCGCCAGUCUCGUCUGUCUGCUUUGCCUUGCCAGAGAGACGGCGCGUCACGCAGCCUGGCUGAUCGGCCUGCUUUUCUUCUGCGUCCAUGUCCAGAUCGCGACGGUGGAUCUGAUGUGCGAGGGAAUGUACAGCCAAGUGAUGGUGGCCAAGCCGCGCGUCGGCGCGAACCUCGUGACUUUCGUGAACGCCUGCACAACCGUCGGCGCGUUCGUCGGCCGCAUCAUCGUCGGACCUGUCAGCGACCGGUUCGGCGCGCGGCCGCUGUUCCUCGUCGCGCUCCCCGUCGCGCUCCAGUCGCUGUUGCCCAUCGCGUUGAACUACCUGAUGGAGGAGCGCGUGCGUCCGGGAUGCACCCUGCUGACGGAGAAACUCCGAGACCACAAAAAGGUUUUCCUGAUGGCCUUUGCGGUCGCGGCGGGUGCCUCUGGAGUCGCGGUGCUCACGCUCGUCGGCGGCCGCGGCACGACGUACAUUCUGCCGUACUGCGGGGUCGUCUCCGUGCUCCUCAUUGUGCUCUGCGCGGUCUGUCUGCCGCCGCAACUCGCAAAAUGCAACGUCUUCUUUUUCUUGGACCGAAUUCUCCAUGUGUCAAUCUCCGGCGCCCUCGACUUUUUCUACACCGCCUCCCCUGCAUGCGUUCCGGACGGCCCGCAUUUUGAUUACACCUACUACUCGACGUACACUGCAGUUGCUGGCACCCUCGCGACAUGGCUCGGCCUCGUUCUCUUCCAACUCGCGCUCUCCUCCUGGACGUACCGGAGCAUCUUCUGGCUGACGAGUGCUGUCCGCAUCCUCGCUUCGCUCUUCGACUACGUGAUGACGACGCGGCUGAACCUGAGGCUCGGCAUCCCCGACAAAUUCAUGUACCUUUUCGGCGACGCGAUCAUCCUCAGCGUGAUCGGGACGCUCUCUCACAUGCCGGGCGUCAUUCUGACUUCGCGUCUCUGUCCUCCGAGAAUCGAGAGCACGGUCUACGCGAUUCUCGCCGGCAUCAGCAACUUCGGCCACAGUGUGUCGACGCUCCUCGGGAUCCGCGCCAUCAAAGCCGCAAACAUCACUACGACUGCGACGGACGGCCAUGCCUGCAACUUCGAAAACCUUCCUGCACUGGUUCUCAUCGCCCACUGCGUCCUCCCCAUGGCCUCGAUUCCCCUGGCCCUCUUCCUGCUUCCCAGUACGCCGAUGGACGAGUCGCUGGAGCACUUUGACAGCGACUGCAUGCGGAGGGAGAGCGAGGCCGGGGCCGAAGCCGGAGUCUCCAGCGACGAGGCGACGCGCGACGUGCACAGACGGACUGUCGAGAGGCGCACCCGAGGUGGAAAGGUCGCAGAGACGGAACUGGCGCUCAUGGAAACGAGGGGAGAGAACAGGACGCGAGCGAGAGAGAACAGGACGUUCGGUGCUUGUGUGCACCACGCGCUGAGCACGACAGACGAUGAGGACUCUGGGGGCUACCGGGACGAAGACGAAUUCGACGCGACGAGAAAGCCGCGCAUCUUUGGCCGAGAACGAAUCUACACAGACGGAGACGUCGACCUCGGAAACGCAACGACUUUCCAAGUUCUCCCCGUCCUCGGAGACGACCACGAGGGAGGAGACUUGACCGACGCGAUGGGCGUCCCGGUGUUCUUCCCUUUCUCGCGUAGAGGGCAGAGAGGAGGCGUCGCAGCGUCGUGGAAAAAGGAUGGAGAGGAAAGCGGCGGACAUGAGGGAAGCCGAGAGAAGCGGCCGCAAGCGCGAAACGCUCGGGUGCGGCGAGGGGCGACAGGACAGCGUCCGAGGACUUCUUACUCCCUUUGCGCGUCAGACCAGCUGUCUCCAACGGACUCGCCCAGAGCGCGCUUUUCAGGCCAAGAUUCGGAGUUAACGUUUGCAGUUUCGUCUGAGGAAGACGCGAGCGAAGGCCCCAACGCAGACAGCGUCCGACGCGCCUCCGCAGACGAACAAGGUGUCUGUGUGGUCGGCCAUCACGCUGUCGCUGCAGAGCACAUGCGUCGGCCUUUUUCUCCUUUUUCUUCGUCUUCACUUUCGUUCGAAGAAGAGGAAGAGCGAGCCGGUCGCAGGAGCGGACGCAGCGCUGUUUACGAGGAGGAAGACAGGUCUGAGGACGGGGAGAGAAGAUCGACCUUCGCGUCGGACGCAGGCCGCGUUGACGGGGAGGCGGGGGAGUUUGGAGACGAGGUCCUUUUCGCGAGCGAAGAUGCCGAGACGACGGCGGCUCUGCCGGUGGAACAUGCCGAGGAAAACAUGAGGAAAUGGAGAAGGAACACAGAAGAAAAUGUUUCUUCAGACUCACGCUCCACUGCUACGCCUCCGUACACGAAGGCGCGUCUUCCUCCUCCGAGUUCCAAUCUCCCUGACAGAGACUCUCCCUCCUUCCUUCUCGAGUCGGACACGCCGUCUGCCCCUGUCUCUUACAUCUCGACUCCUCUCUCUGUCCAGUCGGCAUCCGUCUCUGCUUCUGUUUCAUGUAGUUCCUCGGUUCGUCACUCGCCGUUUCCUUCUUCGUUUACGUCUUCUUCUCCCACAGAUCUUGGUUGGGGCGCGGCGGCCCACCACGGAAGGCGUGAGGGCAAGUCUCCGUCAGGUCCUCCUCUCGCUCAAGCUGCGCGUCGAGCCGACGCAGAUCCCUCCUCGCUGGGCAUGCACGCAGUUUUUUCUGAUACGUUUGGUCCGCGAAGGACGUUCGUCGAGGAGACGCGGCCGCAGCUGGACCUCGACGCUGAGGACGGGAGCCAGCGCUCUACUCUCGGCGACGAGACCGCGUCGACAGAAGACAAGGACCUGUAUCUUUUUCACCAAACCGAGGAAGAGCGGUGACGGAUGUCCGUCUGCAGAGGAGUCGCUCGGCUCAGCAGACGGCCCUGAAGAAGAACGAGAGAAAAGAGAGGUCACGGCAGUCGCUGAGAAGCCGCGGCGACGACGUCCAGAGUGGGGGGGCGAGAAAGAAAGAAGAAAGUGACCUCGAGAGAGAGAGAGAGGAGAAAUGUGUUUUUGACGGGGAAAUGAAGUGGACACCAGAAAAGCUUGGGAUUUCGAAAAAUCUAAGAAAUGGCCUUUUCAAGCAACUUGUUUAGCAGUCUUGAACCCCAUGUCCUCUACCAGUCGGCGUCGACCAGUGGAUCCUUUUCCUUGGAUAACGACUUAUUUUAGUGUCCGUUUUAGGUGCAGAUUCCCCUUCCCAGUAAGCUCGAGGCGCGCGAUGAGAAACCGAGACAGUGAGACAAAACAGAGAGAAGCAAGAGGAAACGGGAGGGUGUCUGUGGAGCCGCGCAUUUGUUCGAAGGAACGGGCUGCAUGAAGGAAAGAGAAAGAGAGAAUCAACAGAGGAACAGCAAGGUAGGAAAGAUGAGGGAGAACGGCAAUUGUGCGCGUCUAAGCCGGAUUCGAGCUUCUUCAGAAACGGAACGAGGGAGACCCAGACCUGUACAUGUUUGGAACGCACGCGGGUGCCGCUUCCAGUUGUCGGCAACCUAAAUGGUUUAUUUAAGCCGAAGACGAUGUCAGAGAUCGCGCUCAUUUG